AUGAACGCGUUCGUAGGGUUGUUGGUGACGUCAGCGGCGCUGGCGGCGGCACAAGUAAAUACCCCAGCUGCUACGCAACUAAUAAAAUUCAAGGAAGCCAUUGGGCCAUUCGGAGGACAGUUGACGACGAGUAGCGGUAUGCCCUGCCAGCAGUGCCAAACUUACUCGCUCGACAAACCGAUAAUGACUAACGACUUCCUGAUGGACAACUUAUUUAAUUUCGCACGAGAACGGAUCCCCGAGCGCGUCGUUCACGCCUCAGGUGCUUGUGGGUUUGGGUACUUCGAGCUGACGCAAGACAUGUCACAUAUCACCAAAGCUGACUUCCUGAAUGGCGUCGGAAAGAAGACACCCAUCAGCGUAAGGUUCUCCUUAACAUUAGGCAACAAAGGCACCCCUGACUUAUUUUUGGGCAUAAGGGGUUUCUCAAUCAAGUUUUACACCCGCGAGGGCAAUUUCGAUAUGGCCAUGUUCAACACCCCGGUAUCCCCAUUUAAGGAUCCACUCGACGCUCAUGUUACCCGCGCUUUUAGAAACAACCCCGCCACAAACCUGCCGGACUCCAACAUGCUGUGGGACGGUAUCACCAGGCGUCCGGAGUUUAUCCACGCGAUGUCUUAUGUGUUCUCCGGCUGGGGCCAGCCUGCUGGCUACAGACACAUGUCCGGAUUUUCAGCCCACACGUUCCAGUUUGAAAAUAAAUGCGGGGACGCACAUUUCGUCAAAAUGAGUUUCAUACCUGUCGCAGGCAUCAAGAACUUCGACUCCAAGGAAGGUAACAUUAUGAAUGCCGAGGACCCUCGCUACCUGGCGUCCACUAUGUACAACGAGAUCGCUAGUGGAAAUCCCCUUGAAUGGACGGUCAAUUUUCAAAUUCUGAACAUGACCGACUAUAAAAAACUUGGAGCUACAAUAUUCGAUGCAACGAGAAUCAUUGAUGAAAAGGAAUACCCCUUUGUGCCGGUCGGUAAACUCGUUUUAGAUCGCAACCCCACGAAUUUCUUCGCACAGUGCGAACAGCUGGCGUUCUGUCCGUGUCGCGUGGUGCCUGGUAUCCUGGGCGCGCCCGACAAGCUGUACGAAGCACGCCGCAUGAACUACCGCGACGCUCAGAACUAUCGCCUCGGCGGCAACCAUAACAACAUUCCCGUCAACUGUCCGUUCAUGAGCGAAAAUCCCCUCAACACCUACAACCGCGACGGUGUUCCUCCAGUCUUGGACAACGGUGGAGACGCCCCCAACUACUUCCCCAACUCCUUCUCCGGACCCACCGCCUAUGACACGCACUGCUCACGACUGAUCAGCAUUAAAGAGGAAAAGCCCUACAAUAUGGAUCAGGUCCAGAACCUGUUCGCCAAUAUCUUCACGGAGCACGAAAAAGACCAGCUUGUUAAUAACGUGGUCCCUUUGUUGAGGUUUGCGAGUCCCAGGAUCCAAACGAAUGCGGUGAAGCUAUUUAAAACCGCUAACGAAGUUGUAGGCCGCAAAAUUGAAGAAGCGUUGAAGAAAUUAAACAUGACAGAAAUUCCUUAA